CUGUCAUUCGGUGUCUUCGUGCGUAAAAGCAGAACAGCGGGGAUCACCAUGAUGAUCCGGGUCCGGACUUUUUACCGCGCUUGGAUUUGAUCCAUAUUUCUGGAGACGAAAAUUUCAGACUUUCAUGGCUUAACCCAAAGUCUCAGGAGGGAAAACCUGCAUUUCUACCUGGAUUAAAGUUUCGACCAUGAGGAUACAGGUCUGCGCUUGGAAAUGGAUCUGUAAGCGCUACAGUGUGGGAUACUCUCGGUUGAAAGCACAGUGAAGCUAAUACUUAUACAAAAGCCGCCCAAGAGACCUGCAGGUACGUCGACGUGUAACGUGCGUUAAUUUGCUGUAAUAACAACGAGAGGUAGGUACCAGAGAGAAAGUGUUCUUCUUUUCCUAAUUCUUGGUGAACUGUGUGUACAGGGCUUUUGACCAUCCUGUCUGCUUCUGUGAACAUAAUUUGAAACAAGGUGUAAAGCUGGGUUAAGUUAUAAGGUCUGGGUGAAGGGUGAGAGUCCCUCACUGGACCUCGGACCUGCUGUCUAAUGGGGUAACAGUUUUCAGCAGGGGGGCUCCCUCAUUAGGAGCCACAGGUCAGAUAGGUCAACUCACAUGGUCAAGUGGGAAGAAGUCUUCCUCUUUUUUCCCCCAGUCAGUCCGCUAAAAAGCUGCAGUAAAAUGUUCAUAGCACAUUUAGCACAUUUAAUUCUCAAGUUGAGUUAAGUUAAAUGUCAACUUUGUAGAUGGAUAGAGAUUACAUUUUGGUGUUGCAUUGGGCUCUAACUUUGUAAACAGACAGAACUUGUGUUUGUGAACACUGAUGCAAGCGUCUUUACUUUCUCUUAAAAGUGUCCACCCUCAAGAAUCCAGGAGCUAUGCAGGGAGCCUGUGUCUGGGUGAUCAGGUUUGUCAGACAGAUUGACUCAAAUAUUCUUCAUUUAUUCUUGAAAAGGUUUUGAUUCAUGUACUGCUCAGCUAACUGCCCUACUCUGUAGAUUUCUGACUAAAUAUUGAAUCUUUUUUGUUAGUAAUUUGCUGUGUCUGCUCUCUGCAGUGUUUCUGUUCUUCUGCUGUUGCUCCAGCCAGACCCCCUGCACUGCCAACACACACCAGACCAAAGGAUAGAGGUGAGAGGCAGUUGUGCAGCAGUUGGUUGGGAUCUGGAUACCCACUUACAGGAUGGCAGACCACCCUUGAAUACAAGGCUACAUGUGACCGUUAUUUUCAUUUCCAUUUCCAUGCUGACAGUCUUGGAAUAAUAAAAAAACUGUAAUAUGACAUUUUGGGAAACAUUGGUCAAUGUUUACCAAAACUAAACAUGACAUUCUUGUAAUUUAUUAUCCAAAAACCUAAAGAUAUUCAGUUUACUGUCAAAGAAAAAAAGGAAACUCUCACUUGGGGAGCUAGAAUCAGCUAUUUUAUGCAUCUUUUUUGGCAUUUUUGUUCUCUUAGGAAAAUACAUUUAAAUAAAAGAAAAAAAAAAACAUUUUAACGGUCUCAGUCAACAAUCCGUGGUUAUGAUUAAAUCAUCCUCAUUAUUUUAUUGGAUGUGCCUGUUGAACUUGUUGUUCCUGCCUGUUGAUGCUUGCCACAGGCUGGUAAGGUCCAGUGAAAGUUGGAUAUGAUUAUAUCUGGUCACAAGAGCUAAACUUUAAAUUUAAACAUUUUGUUCCUGCUUCUUCUACUCUAGGAUGUGUAAACAGUGAGAGUUUUCCCAGGGGGAACCUGACCUGAGAGCUAAUCUGUUAACUUGUAAUGAGAGCAUGACUGAAUUGUAGUGAAACAAGGGGGGCUUAUGUCAGCUGUCAGCCAAUCACCCUCUGACCCCUGGAGCCAAAGGACCCUCAUGGAAGAAAGUAGACUUGUGGAUGCACCUGAUGAGACGAAUGACACUCUCUUGUCAGGUUAGAGGAGAUCGGUGCGAGUCAGCUCCAUGUGUUUCCACCGGGAGUCCAGCUGUGUGACCUACAGCUGACCCUGGAGAUGACAGUGGCGUUGUGUUACAAAGGCUGGAGCAGGGGAGAAGAGGUGGGGGAACAAGGGGGGCUGAGGUCUCUGAAUAGCUGCACGGGCUGAUUGACAGGAGAGGAACUUCCUGCCAACCCUCCCUGCUGCUUCUGUAUUCUCUUUCCGUCCACUAAAAGUCAAAGGCAGCUGAGCUUUUACUACAGCCAUGUGUUUGCCCAGAGAGGUUGCGGUGAAUGGAGACAAAGUGCUUCUUAAAGAGCAGGAUUUCCACGCGGCUCCACUAAGAAAGCUGGCUUGGCACAGGGCGUCCUCUGGCAGGUUCCUUAAAAAGAGAGUGCAGCGAUCACUGCUAAUACGUCUUUGGCUAAGCUGCACAGGGGGAAAGAGUCAACAGUGAGAAACGCAUGCAGCCAAUAGGGGAGAGGGUACUAACAGACACCCACUAAUCAGGCAAAUAAGUGCUUCAUUUCUACGAACAAGGGUCUGUUUCACGGACAGAGGUGGGGGGCAGAGAAGCAGGACAGACAUGUAGAUGAGAUGAGCUCACUGACUUGAGUCAUGAAGAGAGGAAAUGAUCUGAAGAGAUUCAAGUUUCAUUGAUUCCAACAGUUCACAGUAUUUUGUCCAUUUUUGGCGCCACUAUGCUGCGUCUUUAUCCUUUGUGGUGUUUCUAAUGUUUAUUUCAUUUACACACAGGUUCCUAAGAGUGAGCAAAGUGUCCAACAGGAGUUCAGGGCUGAGCAUGGACAGAUCCAGGGCUCCUGGGGUGCCUGGGGGCCCUGGUCAACAUGCUCUCGAACCUGUGGAAAAGGGGUUCAAGAGCAGAGCAGACCCUGCCUGCCUCUUUACACUCCAUCCAGGAGAGCUGGUGUUCCCACUCAGCAGCAAGGACAUGUUAUCUCAGCCUUGCGGCCAACAGUUCCUCUGCACCGUGACACAGUUAGGUCCUUCAACAGCAGCAGCCAAGGAGAUGUGAGGGAGAGGACGCAGAGUCGGCCCGGUGGACGCAGGUACUGUAUUAUCCUGCAAAAAAGAGGGGACGAGAUUGAUUCUGGAGAACAAAUAAACUAAGGUGUCAAUGCUCCUGUAAAUAUUUUUACAGAGCUCCUUUACUUAAACUCACUUAAAGGAAGCCAGGGAAUGAAGAAGUUAUUUUGGACAGUCAGAUGGCAGAUGACACACCUUCACCUAAACGAAAGAAAAUAAAAGUCAGGAUGCUUAAAGAGGGCCAUAGAGGGUCAAAACAAGGUUUGAUGGGAAUGCUGUCAAGAAUAUUCUGUGACCAACUCUUGAUCCAGGAUCAACUGAAAACUGUUUCGGAUCUAUAUUUUAGCUCCAUCAGCACAAUUGACAUUAAAUAAAGGAAAAUCUUCUGGAAAGUGUAGUUCAACCUUCCAUCUGAGAUCCAAAGACAUGUAGAGUCUGUAACAAUAAUGGUGGCUCAUUACCGUAGACACAUGUUGAGUUUUUCCAUUUUCUUGUCAGACAUUUAUAGUUUUCAACAUCUGCAAAAGACCUUCAAGAGUUUAAAGUGUCAUCAUCAUUACUUUAUUUUCUCUUAAGAGGGAGAUCCUAGGCAUUUAAGAGAUACUAUUGGCAGUCACUUGAGUCUCAUGCCAGUGUAGAAUCUCUUAUAGUAUUUUUGGCAAGAUCCAAAAGUCUGGAAAGAGCCUGUACGUCUCUGCUGCAUGCUGAGCAGCCUGGUCUAAAAGUGACUCUUUGGAGCCGUCACUGUUUGCCAUCUGACCACUCUUCACUGGAAAGCUGGUCUUUUAUAGAUGGAGUCAAAAGCUCGGCUUGUGCUUGGCAGCUUUGUGACCUCCUUCCUGUUGUGCCUGCCUUUAAACAAAUAGCAAUGACAGCAAAGUAAUGGGGGGUUGUUUGAGUUGGAAUCUAAGCGGCUAAAUAAUGACAAAAAAACUCCCAGAAAUCUGCUAAGGGGAUCUGGACUGUUCUCAAAAGCAGUAGUUUGAAUAAAGGGCCAUGAAAGAAGAAAUUUGGCCCAAUUAAACUAAAUAGAAGGAGAAAUUAAUCAUUCCAGAUAUCCUCUUUUGUUCAGUCUUAAUAAAGUAGAUGAUAUUAGAAAGUGGGACAAAUGGUUGAAUUCAGAAGCAGACAUUUAAGAUGUGUAGUUUCAGAUUUAGAUGAAGUGCUCAGUUGUUGGUUUUGUCACUCUCCUCCCUAUGCUUGUUUCCUCAGGAGGGUCUCUGACAUUAUCCCGGGAAGGUACGGCUAUGGCAGAUCUCCUUAUGUCACUCCAGUGCAAACCGAUACAGGCCAAAGCUAUGGGUCACCUCGUCCCCACAGACAGAGACGCUCCCCUGAUGGCCACCACCACCCCUCCAGAGGCUACGGUGUACCUAGGUCAAACAAUCUGGACCACUACAGCAACCGUCAUCACUACAGCAGACCCCACCUGCAGCACAGGACCAGGCAGCCUAAUAAUAACCAAGUCUGGGCCCCCCUUUACCAGCCUGAUUCAGGCAACCAGGGUCAGGUCCAACAGGAGCUGCAACCAGGUAGCCACACGCCUGGACCUCAGCAGCACCAGGAGAGACCCUACGACCCCCUGCCCACUUCCUUCUGCACAGGGGAGCAUGCUCACUACAGGAUCUGCAACAGUAAUGUAUGCUAAACGGCACCUUCUACUUAGUAUUGUUAGCACAGUAGCUAUACAUUAACUAGAAAAUAUCAUCACUAGUUUCGUUAAUUCUCAAAAUAAGUUUUUAUUCACCCAUAUUUUAAUAUUUUUACAGAUGUGGAUAUAAAACAAGUUUAAAGCAUGAAAUGAAUGAUUGAGUUUAAUCCAUAGACCAAAUAACAAGAGUGAGAUGCCUAAACUUUUGGUGUGUCUCAGACACUCUUGACACCAAGACUAAAACAUUUCACUCUUACAGCAACAUCUUGAGCUUUUAAAUUUUAAAUCUGAAAACAGUUAAUUCAAAUCAAACAAGAUUAUUUCAGACUAGUUAAAUGUUGAGAUGAUUUAACCUUAUAGCUGCUCUGGUUUGUUUGAACACCUACUUCAAUCUCUUAUAAAGGGUGGCAUAUGUUUGAGUACAAGUUUGAGUGAAGGAAACUGUUUCGGUCAUCUAAUUUUGAGCUCUUUGGAGUGAAUGUUGUCUCGGAUUUGUCAUGCUAGGUCAAAUUGUGACUUUUUUGUUAUGCACAGGAAUAGUUUUUCAAGAUUCAAAAUAGUGUGAACCAAUAGUCCCUACAUUGACUCUUGAGUCAUUUGCAGUCAGGUAAAUGAGACGCAUUCUUCCUCUGUAGCAUGGAGCUAUGCCAUUUAUUGCCCAAAAGAGUACACAGCAAUGAAUCACAUGGUUUUCAGCGUGAAGUGAGCCUUCAAGACAGAACAGGUUUUUAAAGGUACUAUACGCAGUAUUUAGCAGCAUUUAGCAGCAUUUAGCAGCAUUUAGCAGAACCGACCUGGUAAAAUGGAAAAUAACAUUAAUAAUAUGUUUAAAUUAGUGACUAAAAUAUAAAAAAUGAUUUAUUUUUAUCAACUCAAACUAAGCCUUUAAUAUUUACAUAAAAGCGGCUUUCCCAGACUGCACCCCAUGUUUCCACAUCAGCACAGCUCAGACAAACUAGUAAGAAGUGCGUUUUUGCAUUAAGUGAGUGUCAGAAAUGCACCAGUUGGCAGAUAAAAAGAAAGAUGAGAGUCGUUGCUCUGUGCUGAAGAGUUUGUAUUGGUUGAUGUUUUGAUGUCAGACACUUUACUAAUGGAUCACAGGAGAUUCUUGUUCUCAAAGCAGCCAUUGAUACAUCUACAGUUGGGAUGAGCAAAGGAGCAUUUCACUGUGGAAUCUAACCACCAGAUAUCUCUAAAUGUUCCUAAUUUUAGCAGUGUACUUUUACUGACAUUUUCUUAUUUACCCACUUCUGACUUUCUUAUUAUGGAGUGAAAUUUUUGCUGAAUUGAAAAGCUAUUAACUGUUAACAGUAAAUAUAUUAUACAGUCUAUACUAGCAGUAAACCACUACUGGAACUGUUGUUGUAGGAAGGCCUAGAAGUUGAAUCUCAGCUGUAAGACACAAGUCUGGAGAGGCUGUGCUUAUCUGUGCCAAGGUUUUGGAAUCCGUCCUGUGCAUUAAACUAAAUUCAAACAGUGUCAGGUUCUGUAUAUUGUCUCUGGUGUGUGAUGACACGGAUAUUCAAGCAAAGUGAAGCAUGCCGGCGGCUUGUUUAGAUAAAGGAGAUAUAGAGGGAUGUCACGGGGGUUCAGUUUUACUUGGGAGCUUUCAUAAAUUGUUGAAUCUGUGCUUUUGGCAAGGAAGCCUGAAACAGUGCAGCGGUCAGUCAAUGACUUUUUAGUAUGACUACAAAAUAAGUUCUCGCUGCAAUAACAAUAACAAUGGUUUUAUAUGUUGGACUCUGUGUGAGGAAAAUGACUGUACAGUAUAUGUGUUGAGUACUAAUGUGUGUUGACCUUCCUCCAGGCCUGUCCUCCAUCCAGCAAACACAUCAGGGCUGCUCAGUGUUCUUCUUACAAUAACCAGCCUUUCAUGGGUAGAGUGUAUGAGUGGGAACCUUUCAACGAGGGUAUGUAAAAUCUAUGUACUUCUAUAUGCAUAUAAAUGUUUAUAAUAUUUAUUCUACUUUUGUUUGGAUGAAAUUACAGGAACAAAACGUCUAUCUAUCUAUGAGUCUAUGUUUGUUUUAAUGCUGGUAACAUGCUGAUAUCCUGCAGGUAAUUUCUAAAACUAGCAGGGUUACUAAGUUUAACUUUUCAGUGGGCUCCACUUUUUAAAUGUACUUAAUAGAAUAAAAUGUGACUGUUAAAAAUGAAAGAUAAAAUGUACAAAUAAAUGUACAAAAUCUCAUGGCAUCUGUAAAAAAGUUUGACCCACUGACCACUCAACAGACUCACACUGCUGUCCUCACAGCCAUGUCACUCAAAGAGCCAAAUUCAAGCUUACAUGAUCUUAAAGAGGGUCAAAAGAAACAGAAAUGUCAUGACAAAUAAAACUGUUUAAAAUAUAUAUAUAAAAAUUGGCUGAAAAUGUGGUGUGGUGUAUGUUAAAGUCAUGAUCGUUAUCUCUGAAGUACUGCACUCAAACUUCAGGUCACACCCAUUCCUCAAUAAAUCACAUGAGCCUACAGGUUAUACUUUCAGCUGCCUGACCUUUGACCUACAUGAACAAAAAUGUGGUGUGAUCUAUGCACUGCAGUGUGUCACCUGUCUUGAGGAUCACUGAUAAAUGUUCAUGCAUACAGACUCUAUGACCACACUCACCUGAGGUAUCUAAGCAACAGUCAAAACACCUCCUGAGACAUAGUUUCUCUGAGAACACUGAUGGUAAAAACAGCCUCUAGUUUAAUAUCCUGUUAAACUCGUGUGUAUUAAGAGAUGCCGCAGCAUCACUGACUGGUAAUGCAGACGUGUGGAUGAAAUAACCGGAGGUACAUGUGUUAGGAUAGGUCAGGGUUAUACGACACCCAUCUUGAACAAUGCUUAAACACACUUGUGCAUCUGUUUUAGAAAUACGCCUCUAUUUGGCUGACAGUUUGUCUAAUUUAAAAAAGACUCUGAACUAAAUGUUUGGGGUCAGGGUCUGCUGUGGCUGCUCAGUGCUCACUUUGGACAUCAUAAUAAAUACCAAAACAUUUUAAAAUUGAGACCAACACAAUGAUGGUAGACAUUUUCUCUGGAAAAUGAAAUAAUAACAAUUUCUUUCCUUAUUUGCUCCCUGAUUUUUCAACAAAUGACUGCAGUUUUACUCAAGGAGCAGUUCUUUAACACACGGGGUCUUUUUUUGCAACAUGUCACAGUGUUAGACUAUGCCUUCUCAGCUGUGAUGCCCUUCUGUAUUGGCUGAAGACCUGUGUUAGUUUUGACAUUUUUAUUAAUUUUUAUGUCUUGUUUUAAAUUUUGUAGUUCCUCUGAGAACAUUGAUGGUAAAAAAAAAAAGCUUCUAGUUUAGUUUAGUUUAAAAAAAAGUUGACAGUGAAGGAAGUGUUUUUAAGUCAAAACUCGCUAAAUUUGACAAACCAGGUGAUGAUAGCUUUUCUAAUACUGUGAAGCAAUAUUUUCUAGAUUAUAUCCUCCAAGGAGAAGUUUGUGCACAAUAAAGUUAUUGUGAUUUUGAAAUUUCUAACUAUAUGUCAAAAUCUACUUUUUUACCUUUUAGUUCCAGUGGAUCAGCAUUGUGAACUGCACUGCAGGGCCGUGGGUUUCAGGUUCUAUGUGAAAUUGUCUGAGAGGGUGACUGAUGGGACACCAUGUGGAAAGAACGACACAUCUCUUUUUUAUUUUGAUUCCACUGAAUUUUAA